UUACGCUUUUCAGCGGCCUCCCACGCGCGCAGCUGCAGCCGCGGACUCCUCCUUGUCAGCCCGGCUGUGGGGCCAUGGCGUGGCGGCGGCGGCCAGAGGCCGGCGUCGGGGCCCGCGGCGCGCUGGUGCUGCUGGCGCUGGCCCUGUACGCGCCCGGGACCAGGGGCCGGGCGCUCGAGUGGUACUCGGCCGUGGUGAGCACCGAGUACGUGGACCCGCACACGAACCGCACCGUGUGGAGCGUCUCGGAGAGCGGCCGCUUCGGCGACAGUUCGCCCAAGGAGGGCGCGCAGGGCCUGGUGGGCGUCCCGCGCGCGGCGGACCGCGACCCCGAGGGCUGCGCGCCCGACACUGGCUUUCUCGUGCCAGCGCCUGGCGGCCGGGGGGACGCGCCCUGGGUCGCCCUGGUGGCGCGCGGGGGCUGCACCUUCAAGGACAAGGUGCUGGUGGCGGCGCGGAGGAACGCCUCGGCCGUGGUCCUCUACAACGAGGAGGGCCACGGGAACCUCACCACGCCCAUGUCCCACGCGGGAACAGGAAAUAUAGUGGUCAUUAUGGUUAGCUACCCAAAAGGAAGAGAAAUUUUGGAUCUGGUGCAGAAAGGCAUUGCAGUCAAAAUGACCAUAGGGGUUGGCACCCGCCAUGUACAGGAGUUUAUCAGUGGUCAGUCUGUGGUAUUUGUGGCCAUCGCCUUCAUCACCAUGAUGAUUAUCUCAUUAGCCUGGCUGAUAUUUUACUAUAUACAGCGUUUCCUAUAUACUGGCUCACAGUUUGGAAGUCAGAGCCAUAGGAAAGAAGCUAAGAAAAUCAUUGGCCAGCUUCCACUUCAUACUGUAAAGCAUGGAGAAAAGGGAAUUGAUGUUGAUGCUGAAAACUGUGCUGUGUGUAUUGAAAAUUUUAAAGUAAAGGACAUUAUCAGAAUUCUGCCAUGCAAGCAUAUUUUUCAUAGAAUAUGCAUUGACCCAUGGCUUUUGGAUCACCGCACGUGUCCAAUGUGUAAACUUGAUGUCAUCAAAGCCCUGGGAUAUUGGGGAGAACUUGAGGAUGUGCAGGAGAUGCCUGCUCCAGAACCUCCCCUUGGGAGUGUUUUGGCUGCAAAUUUGAGUAUUACUUUACAAGAUGACAGAAGUGAGGGGAGCAAUUUGCCAUCGGCUUCCACUAGUGAUUCUGCACCACAGUGUGAUGCCAGUUUCAAAGAAGAUGCAGGUGAAAACACAGCCUUACUAGAAACGGGCAGGAGUGACCUUCAAUGUGGAGGACCCAUCUCCUAGCGCACAUCCUGAUGACCACAUCAUGGACAGAGCUUUGGCUUGAAUUAAAGGACUUUUUUUUUUUUUUUUUAACUUCAGCACAUAGUUUGUAUAUUUGAAAAUAAUGUACAUU